AGCAGGUGCUUUCUGAAGACAACUCGCCCAGAUCCCUACUCCGUGGAAGUGGUUGAUCUAUUCUGGUGCAAACCUUCAAGGAGGGAGCUCACAGGACGACAUGGACCAGCAGCUGAAGAAAAGGGAAAAGAAAGGCCUGGGUGGAAGAGCUGUCAGCAGGGACCAGUCACAGGCAGCCCAGCAGGAACCACCUGACGAGGCCUGGACCUUAAGCGAUGAAGAUGUGUGCUAUGAGACUAGCUUUCGGGUUGUCGAGGAGGAUUCCUUCUCUGACUGUUACAUAGAAUGCAUAAUAAGAGGGGAGUUUUCUGAACCCCUCGUGGAAGAGGACUCACUUCUUAAGUCCCUUGACUGCCUGAAAGAAGGAUCAGAACAAGAGCUCUCUCAACAGGUGCUUACAGCAAGCUCACUUCUCGAUUGUUCCUUGGAAUACAUGAAAAAGGGGGCAAAACAAGAACUUCCUCAACCAAGUGUCGGAGAGAAUUCACUUCUUGAGUUUUCUGAGUACAUGCCAGGCAAGAAGCUUCCUCCUGGAAAAAUACCCAGCACUGACUUUUCAGAUCCUGAAGCUCUCAAAGAAUGUGCUAGGACGAAGCCAAGUAAAAAUAAAAGUGCUCCAGAGAAAAUUGUCUGUCCUCAGAGUGGAUGCACAAGAGAGUUCAUCAGUAGAGCUUCUCUGAGAAAGCAUCUCUCCGUUCACAGUCCCCGGGAUCACGUGUGUGCAGAAUGCGGGAAGGCCUUCAAGGAGAGCGCAAAACUAAAAAGGCAUUUUCUGGUUCAUACUGGAGAGAAGCCAUUUCCCUGCACUUUUGAAGGAUGUGGAAAACGCUUUUCACUAUCCUUCAAUUUGCGUACACAUGUGCGCAUCCACACCGGGGAGAAACCUUUCGUGUGUCCCUUUGAAGGCUGUCGCAGGAAGUUUAUUCAAUCAAAUAACAUGAAAUCUCACCUCUUAACUCAUACAAAGGCCAAUACAAAUCAGUGAAAGAAGACUGAAAAUAAUCCCCUCACAUGAUAAGCAUUUUUGAUUGAGGACAGAUAUGCCUCACUGAUUAUUGUUUCAGGAAACAAUUUUUAAAUCAAGGUAUUUUUUUUUUUUUAAUGUUACAAAGAUGCUCCUAUAGUCUAUAGUACUUUGUAACUUUGCAUGUAGAAUUAUGAUGUGCUUCCAAUAGUAAGGUCAUUGAUGAACUUAAUUCAAAAGCAUAAUCCUUAAUUACUACAAAUCAUACCCUUUUUUUUGGA